CAUGAACAAUUUAAGUGUCGCGAUUACCUUCUACAUACAGCAUUCGGUCCUACCAUACAAACCACGAUAAACACGAUCCUCAGGGGUACUGGUACUGUACCCCUCCCUGAGCCCUGACCAACUCUUGAGUCAAGAGGCCAGGCGCUAUUUUAACUCAAAGCUGUGCUCAGUCCACGUCUUCUGCCAACCCACCAUGAGCCGAGCCGGAACCAGGAUAGGCUUCAUCGGCCUGGGCAUGAUGGGCCAGCCCAUGGCCUUGAACCUUGCCAGGCAUUUCCCCAUGACGAUCUGGAACCGGACCCCCUCCAAGUUUUCCCCGCUGGUGAGAGCCGGAGCACGAGUCGGAACCUCGCCGUCCCAUGUAGUUCGCGAAUCCGAAGUCAUAUUCACCAUGCUCUUCGACGCGUCGGCUAUCGAAUCCCUAUUAAACGACGACUUCUCCCAGGCCCUCCGCGGCAAAAUCCUCGUCAACACCAGCUCCGUCCCCGUGGACUUUAGCCUCAAACUCGCCAGCUUUGUGCACAACGCCGGCGGGGAUUUCGUCGAGAUGCCUGUCAGCGGCAGCAAAGUGCCGGCAGAGCAAGGCAAGCUCGUCGGCAUGAUGGCGGGCGACCGGGAUGUUGCGGAGAGGAUCAGGCCCGUCGUGGAGCCCCUGACCGCGGCGGCAGUCUACUGUGGUCCUGUGGGAAGUGGCUUGAAGAUGAAAUACGCCAUCAAUCUGUACCUUGUUGCCAUCACAGCUGGACUCGCCGAGUCGAUGAACCUUGCCCGCGCGCAGGGGUUGAAUCUUGAGGCGUUCAACCAAGUCCUCAGCGCCGGGCCCCUGGCGUCGCCUUAUUCCAAUGUCAAAGUGCCCAGAAUGAUCAACGAGGACUGGUCUGCUCAGGCUUCACUCAAGGACUGCUACAACAGUACCCUGCUUAUACAGUCAGCGGCGCAGGAGGUGGGUGCUCGGAUCCCGAUUACGCAACUGUGCGUUGAGCUGUACCGGCAGGCGAAGGAGACUGAACUGGGAGAGGAGGAUAUGACGGCUGUUGCUAAGUUGUUUACCAAUACCCCAGACAACUAGUCCUCCUGUUGCUUGGCUGGAUGUGGUUAAGGGCUCAGACUGUAGAGGGUGUUUUGCAGUGACUGGCUUUCCACAGCUAAGAGUUUGACUCCCAGUAACGCUCGACUACCGAGGUAAAUAGCUCUUCACGGACUCUCUAAUUACGUCGUGGGUUCCAUGCCCAUUCCACGGUCGUCAUUGUCGGUGGACCGACUGGAAGUUCCCUUGGGCGCUUCCCUGGGAUCCGUCCUUUUGGUUGUGUAAGGGCCAAGAUGGGCGUUGAAGGAGGCACUGAGCACGAGGGCGAGGUUGACAUCUGCUUAGGCCGCGUUAGGCGGCUUCUGAUCGAUGCCAAGUCAAGGACGUCAACUGUGACCGACUGAGAUCUCCACCUCAGUUGAGGUGUCGGGCCGUUGCAGUGUAUACAUCUCCUCCAAACAUUAGAGCAUCAAGCACAAGUGCAUUUGCCUG